AUGCGCCGCCGCAGCCGCCUGGUUAGUGCCGGCGCGGUGGGGGCCGGGCCGGGCCGGGCGGCCAUGGCGGCGGGAGGCGGUGGGGGCCGGCGGUGGACGAUGGUCGCGCCUCUCUUGCUUGUUGUGUUUCAGCUGGUGGGCGCCGCCUCAGCCGCCGCCCUGCCCGUAGUCAUCAACACCUGGGCGUUUAGGAAGGCCGCAGAGACAGCUUGGAGAGUAUUACAGUUGGGAGGUUCUGAGCUGGACGCGGUUGAGAGAGGCUGUGGUCAGUGUGAGAUUGACCAGUGCGAUGGGAGUGUGGGAUAUGGAGGAAGCCCAGAUGAAAGUGGAGAAACAACACUGGACGCAAUGAUUAUGGAUGGCAACACUAUGGAAGUUGGGGCAGUUGCGGAUCUCAGGCAUGUAAAAAAUGCAAUUGGUGUAGCGCGAAAGGUCAUUGAAUACACUAAGCAUACAUUAUUAGUGGGAGACUCAGCCUCCCUGUUUGCUGUAAGAAUGGGGUUUCCAUAUGAAGAUUUAACUACCCAAAAAUCUCUUUCGGUGUAUUCGAAGUGGCUUAAUCAAAGCUGUCAGCCAAACUACUGGAAGAAUGUGGUACCAGACUCUUCAAAAUCCUGUGGACCAUACAAACGGCCUGAAAAAGUAACUUGUAAAGAAGAACAGACCAUCUCACAAAGAAGUGUUCAUAAUCAUGAUACUAUUGGUAUGGUUGUAAUUGGUGGGAGCGGAACUGUUGCUUCUGGGACAUCUACUAAUGGCGCAGUCCACAAAAUUCCAGGCCGUGUAGGAGAUUCUCCGAUAGCUGGAGCAGGAUCCUAUGCGGAUAGUACAGCUGGAGGAGCUGCAGCCACUGGGGAUGGUGACAUCAUGAUGCGGUUCUUACCCAGUUAUCAAGCUGUGGAGUAUAUGAGGAUGGGAACAGACCCAACAGUAGCCUGUCAGAAAGUUAUUUCCAGAAUCCAGAAGUAUGUUCCAAAGUUCUUUGGUGCUGUUAUAUGUGCCAAUACAACUGGAAGUUAUGGUGCUGCAUGUAAUAAAAUUCCAGGAUUCACGCAGUUUCGCUUCAUGGUUUCUAGCCCUUUGCUAAGUCAGCCAACUGAGCAAGUAGUAGAUUGCAUUUAAUUUCUUUUGUCCUGUUAACAUCUAAACUUAGAGGAGGAAAGCACUAAGGUUCCCUAGGUGUUACUUUUUAAAAUGGUCGUUCAUUUUCAGUGUUGCAUAAUCAUGUGAACAAGUACAAAGGUGCGUUGAUGGUGCAGCUACUACUUCACUGUUUUUAAUAUCUUCUACUUUAUUAUGGCUUUGUGUAGUGCAGCUAAACUUAAUCUGUAGUUUCCUAAUGUAAUUAUCUUGGUAACUUAUUUCUAAAUGAUUGUAGGCUGGUACUAUAAUCUAGAGUGAGGUUUAAAAAACUGAAUCUAUGUAGUUUAAGGGAAGUGAACGUAGUUGCAAAAUUAUAAUUAGUGCUGACACUUUCACAGUUAGCAUAGGCAAUUCAUCUCUGUUUAAAAAUCUACAUCUAAGUGAAGUGGCUGAAAUCGAUGUGCUUCACUACUGAGGUCUCUUAAGUCAUGAAUUUAGUAGGCAUUACCUUACAUCCCAACUCAAUUUUUAAACUUUUGCAAACCUGACAAUGAAACUGUGGCUCUAAAUAUCACAAAAAGUUAUCUGUUGUAUAUUUACUUCCAAGUAAAGCUAAGUUUCAGCUGCUUUUUGGGGAAAGUAGAGCUUUGGUCACUGGAAAAAAACUUUUAAAGAGAGCUCAUAAAGUGGACAGGUGGUCAUACGCAUGCAAAGAGACCAAGCAUCUAAUGGCUCUUAUAGUCUGUCUGUUUUCAUAAGAACUAAGUAACCAAAAGUGAUGAGUAGUAACCAUUGAACUGGACUUUCGCUUUGCCAUUUAAAAACAUACUUGGGAGAAAUCUAGAAUAAAGGGCAGGGAGCGGGAGGGGCUCUGCCUCUACAUGUGAGACUUAUUUUGUCUUUCUAAGAUUUAGCCCAGGUUUUCUUUUGUCUUGAAAAUUGCAUGCACAUGCUGACAAGCAAGGAAACGGUGUUGAAGAGUAGUGGAGAAGAUUUGAAACCUUUAAGACAUAAGGAGCCUCUCCUUGUGGACCUUUCUAACUUGUUUCACAACAGCUGAGAAUACAUUUGAAUAGAAAGGACAUUGAAACAUCCCUGCUAGUACAAGCCUUCAAGGAGUAUGGCAUUGAUUCUAACUGGAUGUGAAGACAGGUGGAAAUCUUCCUGUCACCUUUUUUUGUAGUGGAAGUUAAGUUAUGAAUCUUAAUCACAGUGAUUUCCUUGUCGCUAAUAUGCUGUACGCUUGCCCUUUCCUGUAGCACAUCUACCCCUGCAAAGGACCAGUUGCGUACCUAAAGCAUGACAAUUACCUACAGCUGACAAAGCUGGGUUUGUCACUUUAUCUUUCUGUGUCUAGAGAUACCAGGAUUCAUUUGUAAUAGAAUUUCAGCAUCUUGAGGAUUGUUCCACAGGUAUUUGAAGAUCUGUUUGAUCAUUUUCUUAACUUGGUGGCUUGCUGAUCAUCUGAUUGAAUCUUUGCUAAACUUGAGCUAGGAAAAGUUAAAAGGGGGAGCAAGUAAAAUGAGCAUGUCUUGUCAUAAAUACUUUAAUUAUUCAUUGUCUACUUGAAUAAAAUUGUUGGGUAAUAAAAGCACACCUUAGUGUAUCAUUUAUAAGUAAGGUUGUUGAGAUGCUUGUGUGUUGUGCUUUAGAAUGAUUGUUGCCUUAUGUUCUGAGUUGGUAUCUCUGAAGGUUAGAAAAAAACAUUCAAACUAGAAUAGUCAUCUUUAAUGGCCUGCUGUUGAACUUCAUCAACAAUGUAAUUUAUUUGGCGAUUCACUUCUGUCACUGGAUCUUUAGAGCAUCUCAUAGCACAGAGUUCACUAUAGGCCACAACAAGCUGUAGUCAAAGAAGCUCUUACUGAAUAUAUCUGCACUGGUUUAAGAUAAGUUUUCUACCUGUCCUGCCUACAACCCUUCUGCCACGGCUGCUGUAUCUUCACAUAACUCAGGCAGUCAAGUGCAAAUAGAUUAAUAAAUCCCAAUGAUUGUUACUUUGGAGAUAGCGUUGUGGAUUGUGAACAUAGAAGAUUUGGUACUGCCAGCUGAGUGGUAAUAUCUCAAACUGCUGCAGCUGAAUCCACCAGGAUUCAUUUUUGAGGGAGGUUGGGAACAUCCAUGGCUUGCUUUCUAGUGUGCUUAUGCCACUCUGUACUAGCUAGUGUACGCCUCUAGAGGCUGUGUGAGUGCUCAUGCUGAAAGAUCAUGAGUGUUCUGUAACACUGUACCUGAAGUCACUAAGUUACUGCAUAGUUAACUCAUCUCCAUGAGACAUAUGUACUAAUACAUGUGGUUUAAAAAUGUAGGUUGCUUUGUCAUGCUGAAUUAGUUACUGUAAAUGAAAGGGUUAGUUUGUGUAAACUAUUUUAAUAUAUUGUUAAUUUGACAGUAUAUUAAAUUAUAAUAUUCAUACAUGUGCUGUUCUGAUGUUAUGGACAGAAUUCUGAAUUAAAAAAAUAAUUUGCUCAAUAUUUUGUAUUAAAAGUAUUUCUUUAAAAGUUGUUAGUAGUAGUGCUGUUUUAUGCUUAGCAGACACAUGAGCUUUUUUUAAGAAAGCUUUUUACAGGUACAAACCCUUGCCAAAAGUAAGCAAAAACUCUAUGACAGUUUCUGCUGUGGUUGUAAAAAAAAAAAAAAUAAUCUUACGGUUUAUGAUUUCAAGGAAUUUUGUAUUUUUAAGUUUUUACUUUCAAACUUUUACUACAAAAUGCAGAAAAAAACCCUGUACAGAAUAUGAGUAUUUGCAAGUUAGUGGUACAGUUGAAUGCUUCCUGUCUGUAAAGUUAUGGGUCCAACUGUGUUUUAAGUUCAUUAGCUUCUAGCUAGCCUGCUUUUUUCUAUUUCUAAAACUUCUUACAAAAUUAUUGCUUCACCCAAUGUAGACAGAAGAAGAAUCUUAGCUCAGUGCUCUAAGAAAGCCAACUAUGCCAUGUUUUUGUAUGCCACUGAAUUGUUCUUUAAUAAAGCAAUCUGUGUGAACCCUGA